UCUACAGCAUAAUCUUCCUAACUGGCCAGCGUUAUUUAAACCUCUCUAUAUCAUAUACAAUUUCACGCAUCCUUUCAUAAUAACGGCCGCUGUGCACAUUCAAUAUCGGUCUAGGAAGUAUACACAGUGAGUAUCUGUCAUGGCAACAGUACAGAAAAAGCGCGUGGUGGUUGUGGGAGGUGGAAUUGCAGGCGCCACCGCUGUGAAGGCGUUGGAAAACCACGCAGAUGUUACGCUAAUUGAUCCGAAGGAAUAUUUUGAGAUCCCGUGGGCUAAAUUGAGGUGCACGGUAGAGCCAAGCUUUGGAGAAAGAUCUGUGUUUCUGCACAACGAAUAUUUGAAGAAAGCAAAGCUUAUAACUUCUGCGGUAACAAAUGCUACAGAGGAGGCCGUGGUGACUGCCUCGGGACAGAGUGUAAAGUUUGAUUAUCUGGUGCUCGCCACAGGCACUGCAUACGAUGGCCCUCGCACUAAAGCAGACAGACUCGGGCAAUUUCAAGCAGACAGCAAGAAGAUUAAGGAUGCCAAAACAAUUUUGAUAAUUGGAGGAGGACCCACUGGAGUGGAGCUAGCUGGGGAGAUAGCAGUGGACUUUCCAGAGAAAAAGGUUAUCAUUUUGCACGCUGGGUCCAGGCUUCUUGAAUUUGUGGGAGAAAAGGCCUCUAGAAAGACUCUGGCCUUCCUGAAGAAAAAGAAAGUGGAAGUGCAUUUCAAUGAGCGCAUUGAUCUUAACAGCAUUACCGAGACCACAACAAGCUUUACUACAAGCAGUGGAAAGACCAUCCACGCAGAUUGCCAUUUUGUGUGCAUUGGCAAGAGGUUAGGAUCCUCCUGGAUGAAAGAUUCAAUGUUUGGAAAUGCUGUGGAUGGACGAGGCCAAAUUAAGGUGGACAGCUCCCUGAGAGUUGAAGGAACAAGUAAUGUGUUUGCAGCUGGAGAUGUUAUUAAUGUCAAGGAAUUGAAGCAAGGAAUGUGUGCACAGAAGCAUGCCCAAGUGAUUGCAGAGAACAUCAAGAAGCUAUCAAAAAAUCCCAAGCAGAGUAAAUUGGGCACCUACAAAGCAAGUCCAGAUAUGGCCAUUGUGACUCUGGGAAGAAACAUAGCAAUGGGGCAAUUCCCCUUUGGGACAUUCUGUGGCCGCAUUCCCGGCAUGAUUAAGUCCAAAGAUUUGUUCGUUGGUCCUACUCGCAAAGGCCUUGGUCUAAAAUCAUAAUCAUUCAUAAAGAAAACCAGAGCUAUAUGGAGUCCUAUUGUACUACUAAAGUGUUUUUUUGUGCUAUCAUGUGCAUCUAGGAAUAAGCUAUGUUGCAGGGUUGUUUCAAGCUGAAAUAUUCCUUGUUCGUAAGCAUAGUAUCAACUAAGAAAGUUUGUUGCAAGUCAGAUAUCAGUGUGGUCGGUUCAGUUGGUGCUUAUAAAGUUGUCCCGACUUUUCGUUUGUUGAUUUGAUUAGAACUUAAAAGUUUGUAUUUCUACAGCAGCUUUGACAGUGCUUCAUGUUUGCAUGAAUUUUUGUAAUCAUAAGAAUCCUUUUACGUAUUGCAAAGAAGAUGGUUUUAAUUAUCUAAAAA